AUGCAGAAUCUGUCACUAGUAGAAAGUCUUAGUAAUACAGACACGUUACACUGCAUGUCUCUGAAAGAUCUAGUACCUGAUGUAGGUGAUAUUUCUCUUCAUGGAAGCAACCAUAACUCAAAUGAAAGGGGAAAUAAUGAAGAAAUGACUAAUCUUGAAGUAAUGCAGCAAAGUCUCCCUAUAGUGAACAGCAAAGGAAGUUGUAAGCAGGUUUCUGAUAGCAGCCAUAAUACACUAGAAAUCAGCGGUUCCUGGGGUGAUUUUGAAGGCUUCAGGGAGUCCUUAGAUAAAGCAGAGAUUUUUGGUCAUAAUCCUGAAGUUUUGGGGAAGUCAAUGACAACUUCUAAAGAUGUUACGGACUUACGCAGAGGCUGCUGCAGUGCCUCAACUGGUCACUUUUCCUCUGAGCCAUCUCCACACACCGGGAGACAGGAGGCCUCUAGCUCUCUAAAUGAGGUAAACCACAGCUAUGGACAUAUAUUUAAGCUGGGCUUUCCAGAAGUUGCUGUACCACAAUCCAGAGAGAGCAUAAGAAGUUUGGAUGAAGUAUUUGAUACAAAUAAUGAAGAUACUGGCAUUGCUGAUUUUACGAAGAAUCAACUUUGCACUGACUGUGGAAACAUAUGGAGAAUUCUUAAAGACUUUGAUAAUACCUCCAGCUUAAGGCAUCCUUGGAGUAAAUCUCAUUGCCAAGAAAACCUCUUGAGUGUUCUUGGAAUAAAUGCAAAUCAAAAGGACUUUCCAGAGAGCCAGGAUAUCCUUGUUGAUGAAUCAAAUGCUAAAGAUGAUGAGGACUUUGGAUUUGAUGGAUUCAAUAUUAAUAACUGCAAAGCACUGAUCCAGACCAAGGUAAGUGUAUCACCAGAUUCCAGAGAUGGCCAUCUUUUUACUUGCAACCUUCUUCUGAACAGAACAACAUCAGGUGGAAAUAUGCAGUAUAUAACAAUCCCAAGAAAGAAGCAAGUUUUCACUAUGCACAACCUUAAAAUGAAAUUUUUCAGCAAUGAUGUUUGUUAAAACCAAUGCACUUUUUAGUUUCUUUUCUUUUUGAACUGAGUGUGUUUUUACCUUUAUUUUGUUACUGGCUUGGUACUAGAGACUUGGUAAGUUCUUAGGGAAGUAACAUACUGCUAUGUAUGGGGUUCUUAAAGCCACCUUAUUAAAAGGUACUUGCACUAUGUAGUUUUGAGGUCAAAGAUGCAAUUUUGUCCUGGUAAGUUUUGUUGUUGAGUCGUGUCUUUUACUGUAA